AUGUAUAAACCACCUGACAACAAAAAAACCUGGGGACAAAUAGUGCAAACCCUGCCAGCGAGAACCAGGAGGAAUACCACAACGAGUGGAAUAGGCCUGAAGAAACUUAGAAAACCCAAACAAGAAGCUCUACUAGUUCGUAUGGAGGGCAAGUCAUAUGGAGACAUAUUAAGGACGAUGCGACAAACGGUUGAUCCGGCAAACAUUGGUGUAAAUGUAAGAGACAUAAAAAAGACAAGAAAUGGAGAGCUGCUUCUAACUGUAGAAGAAGGGUCAAAAAAAGUGGAAGAACUGAAGAGAGAAAUUGAAGAAAAAAACCCACAGAUGACGACGUCAGUCCUGAUAAGCAAGAAAGUGCUACACAUACGAGAUCUGGAUGAAGUUACAACAGAAGAUGAAAUUAGAAAAGCCAUUUGCGAAGUAACAUCUGCCAAGCCAGAGUCUUUCGAAAUCAAAGCUUUACGGCCGGCGAACAGGAACAAACAGAAUGUAACAGUAAUAAUAUCAGAAGGAGAUGCCUACCAAUUACUAACAGCAGGUAAAAUAAAAAUAGGGUGGCCCAACUGUAGGGUCAUCGAACGUGAAAGGGAGAAAAAAUGCUAUCGCUGCUGGGGACAUGGACACGUCAAAGCACAAUGCAAAGGCCCUGACAGGGAGAGAAACUGCAUGAAGUGUGGAAAGGAGGGACAUAAAGCUGCAGAAUGCUAA